AUGUACAUUCUGGGACUCCUUUGGUUCUUUUUACAUCCUGCAGUCACUCUUACAACCGGCGAAUUAAAAUGUCGAGGGACUUACAUGUCGGAGAAUGCACUACUAAUUGACCUUAUGGAGGCAAAAAUGAAUGAUCAAGAGACUCAUUUAGCUCAAGAAUUGCAUCAAAAUUUACUUACGUUACCAGAAUUAAAAUCAAGAGGCUGCCAAGACAAUUGCUCGGCUGUUAUCGACUGGAUUGAUACGCAAUUACGUCGUGUAAAUCGUGCUGAAACUUAUCAUCAAGUGGUGCAGAUCGAUGGACUUUCUACUCCACGUACAAAUGUUUAUGGCAUUUUACGAGCCUCACCAUUGGCUGAUGGCAAGGAAACAAUUGUCUUGGUGACCCAUUAUCGAAAUGUUGGUGCUGCUAGUGGUGACUAUUCUGGUUUAUCGAUGGGAUUGGCGUUACUUAAGUAUCUUGCAAGAGUAAAAUGGUUAGCUAAAGAUGUUGUUCUUUUGGCUGCUGACGAUGGUGCUUUGGAUGGAAGUGACGGAUACGCACCUGGGACAGAAGCUUGGUUGCAAGCGUACCAUCUGGAUCAUGUCCAAACCCGCGGUUUGCAAGACGGAUUGCCUAUGCGUGCUGGUAUCAUUCGUGCUGCGGUCAAUCUGGAAACAAUGUUCGACUCGCAUCAGGUGGGAGCAGUCGGGAUUUACGCAGCUGGUAUGAAUGGUCAGCUUCCAAAUCUGGAUCUUGUCAACACUGCAGUACGUGCAUUCCGCAAACACAAAAUUCCUACAAUUUUGGAUCGUGCUGAUGUGCAACAAAUCAGUGAACACAAACCCAAGAGCUACAUCUCAUCUGUGAUCACUUCAAUAACAAGCUUAAGCGAGAAGUACGUUCCAGAAGAGUUGAAGCAAGGCACAUUCAACUACCUGACGAACCUCAAGGGUAUGCUGAAUUUCAUGACAACGUUAGCGUCUGGUCCAUCAGGUCCCCACGCCAACUUCAUCAGCUACAAUAUCGACAGUAUCACUCUUUCGCUGACAACGAAGCUGUCUUUAGGCGACCGGCAACUUUGUACCCGCGAGGUACUUAGGUCACUUGAGAUGGUGAUUCGUGCACUCAGCAACUUGGAGGAGAAACUACAUCAGUCAUUUUAUCUCUAUGUCCUUCCAAGCACGACAACUUUUGUAUCGGUGGGUGAAUACUUUUACGCAGUGGCUUUAACGAUCUCGCCUGCGAUCGUUCAUCUGCUCUAUUUGGCGAAUCAAACAACUGGGAUGCGCGUUGCGUUCGCGCUGGCUGUAUUUUUCACGAUUGAAACACUCUGCGUGCUCCUUCUAGUUAUGGUCUGCCGAUAUUUUGUCACUCCCACAGCGUUGCUGCAAACAUUCAGUCCAAGCGAUGUGUCUGCUACACGGUGGUUGGCCCUUGCAGUUGUAAUUUCCGUCGUACAAGCUUUGGUAAUUGUGAUCAUAAUACCUGCACUACGUUCUGUGACGGACUUUUCGGGUUGUGUGGACAAUUACGCUUGGAGAACGCAAGUCAUGACGUACGAAGCUGAGCAGCAAAAGAGUCUGUCGCAAGAAUUUGAAUCGAUUGCCCUCGAUGUGAAGAAGCGAGAGUUCCAAAACGACAUUCCGAACUUGGAUUCAGGCUGGCGCGCCAUCAAGUUCAUCACUAUGGCGGUGCUCGUGUACUCGCAUUGUAUUUUGGGUAUCUUAAAUUAUCCGAUGGCUCUCUUCGGCGCAAUUCCAAUGACCCACUUUGCCAGUGUGAUUCCUUUCACCACUGCAACACGAGCGAGAAAUGCCUGGAGCUGUUUCUGGCUCUUUUUAUCGUCUCCACUCGUUCUCGUUGUUUUGUUGAACUGGAGUCGUCUAGACGUGAUCGCUGGUUUGUCAUAUGCUGUUGACAGCUUUGUCCAGCGUACGAAUUUGCUAGCAUUGCCGUAUGUUUGCUGUAUCUACACAUCCAUCCACACGCUAUCGCUAGUAAUUUGGAUGUAUCCUGCUCCGCGGAACAUCUCAUCUUCCGAGAAAAAGGUGAAACAAGAAUAA